CACAAACUCCUUAUCACUCUUUGAAAGAGUAAGGUGAAGUAACGGUUUAAACUUCUGAAAAUGGCCCGUGUGUUUAUGUCGUGUAAUGGGUCUACUGCACAAGAGGCAGAUGAAGACAGAAGCCUUACGAGAAGCAAAUUUCAGUACAGCGAAAAGACGGACCGGGAUGAAGCACAAUAUGGCGCCAUUUAUCUUCAGAUCCAGGAAGCCAACAAAGAGGCGGAUCAUUCUCUUGACUUCCUUUGUAGGGCGGUCGGGAUUCUAUGCAAUACACUGCUAGCCACAGUAUUCCUCGGCAUGUUGAUGGUCCUUCCUGUGGGCAUGAUUUCAGUCGGUGUUAAGUACCUCAGUGACUGUCCCAAACAGCCGAAAAUCCCCAUCUAUCUGUUGGUUGGUGGCUGUUUUGGCAUUUUGUUUCUGCUGGUGGUCAUAUGGAAGCAGAUUCAGUACCGAAGGUAUGACUCCAUGGAUGUGUUCUAUGAUGCUGAGGACGCCGACAGGAGCUCACGGCUCACAGACAUUGUGCUAGCUCUGUUCCAUGUCGUUUGGUUGGGAUUUGGGACCUACUGGGUGUUCGAGGUCUGGGAACCGAACUAUGAGCAACUCCUCCACGAACCUAACAACUGGUGUGAUAAAACUGUGUACCUGUUUGCCGUGUGUCAGAUCAUCGGCUGCUAUGCCCUGGUUUGUUUGGGGAGUGUUGUACUUUUUGCGCUCUGCAUCUGUUAUAAAUACACAGCUUGCUUCGAUACCAAGUGAUGUUGAGCAAACCCAUGGCGUCAAGGCGUGGAACUGGUCCAGGCGCCUUGUUGGGCUCGCCUAAAUGCCUCGCGUCGUCACAGCCAUGGGAUCACGUCUCAUCUCUCAUUGAUCCAACCCGAAAGACCGUCAACCAAAACAGUAUGCCAUUAGCUGUGAGGACAUCAACACUUACUCUGGGGCCGAUUUGUUGCCCUUUUCCCACCAU